AAUAAUCUUAUUGCUUUUUAAUUUUUAUACAUAAAUAAUAAAACUAACUAAGUCGUGUAAGACAUUUAAAUUAAGUAGGCAAGUUGCAAUUUAUUAUUGGAAUACAUGGAUUAAGCUCAUGUUAAAUCAAAAAUAUGUAAAAAAAAAUGCAAUGAAGUUACGAAAUGUGGUUUCAUUUUAUCGUACACUUUGUGACAACAUAAUUUUUUUUCACUAGAUAGGUAACACUGGCAAACAUACACCUUUUCCGCUUCACUUUUUUUUUCGAACGGCAUCUCUAUAUUACUCUAUGCCAUCGAUCGCGUUUUCGUCAUGUGACCUUUGAUUUCAUUUGUCCGAAAAAUACCAACAAGAUGUUUGUUUAUUAUUAUUUUUUUCAAUCCAUUUCCCCCCUACAUGGCACACAUUAUUAAGGCACUAUAUAUAAUUAUAUAUUUAACUAUAGUGCCCUAACAUUAUCAAUAUUAUUAUUAUUUUUGCUUUCGUCUCACGGCCAAUGCGGUGCUAGUAAGCAAGUUACAGUAACUGUGUACUGCCGAUGUAAACACAGGCCAACGGGUUUCUCGCACACGCCACGAACAAUUAUUAUCGUCGUAAUCUUCUGCCGUGCAAAAUACUGUGGUAAUAAUCAUAAUAAAAAUAAAAUUGUUGACGAUCGCGUAAUAUUUUUGUUUUGUUCUCCACCGUUUAUCAUUUAUACAUUAAUUGAGUAACACUAAUACACAAUACAGUACUACAGUGGUCGUCGCCGCGUACGGUUUUCAUCGAUCGAGACCCGAGCCCAACAAGUGGGCAUCGCCGCGAACAAUAAUUAUAAUAUUUAAGUUUGUGAUUGUCGGCACGCUGUGUCUGUGUGCCGAUUUCGGUAUUUUUUGUAUCGUUCCGAAACGCGGGGCCUGUAAACUCGGCUCCGGGAGACGUUCUACAUCGAAUUCGGAGACCGAUUAUAAAUUCCGCGAGGGGGCCACCUGCUCGCCACCGUCACGCCGCGCCGUCGAAAGUCAUGGCCGCGCGCGUUUCUUUGUCGUCCGCCUGUAGUCGUCAUCGCGUCGAAUCGUCAUUGCCGUCGCUAAAGGAGGACCCACUACCGCUCAGAGCGCCGUGCGCCGCCGCCGCCGUUGCGGUCCCGCUGCUGCUGGACGUGGUCGUCCGUUGCCUGUUGUCAAAAGACGAAUAAAAAUUGAGAAAAUAAGAAUUUAAUUAAUUCAAGAAUUUUUUAACACUUAAAUAAGUAAAAAGUGAUUUUUUUUAAUUCUAAGAAAAAAAAUUAUUGGUGUUUGUAUUACGUUAUAAAGAAGAAAAAUGAAUAACAAAGAGUAUACAAACUUUUUUGGCACAAUGGAAACUAAACGUGUGUUGAAAGCUGACUAUCCUACAGAGAGUUCAUCAUUAGGGGUACCUAUACCAAUAAGGAAGAAUGGAGAUCUUAAUUCGUUACAAGAUUAUGGAUUUGAAUUAUUUGAUACAACUAAUGAUCUUAUUCAAGAUCCUAUGGUAGUCAAUAAUGCAGAUCAAAAUUUUUUCACUAAUAACGAUACUGGGUGGAUAGGAAGAUCUGAUGAAAUGUCGUUCAUCAAAAUGGAUGAAGACAUUUUUCAGGUGGAUCAAUCCGAUUUGCUUCACGGACCAACAUUAGCUGAAUUAAAUGCCAAUGGUGGUGAAUCUUUAUUAGAAGACCUCAAUUUUGAUGAUCUAUUGUUACCACCUGAUUCAGUAAAAUCUGAAAUACCUGAUACAGUCCCAUUAAUGAGUUCAUACUUGAUAGAUCAUGUUGUGAAUACUAGCCCUGUUAAUCGACCAAGUUCUUCAAAGUCUGGCUUUCAACUUUCACCAAACAGUUGCAGUUCACGUUCAUCACUUUCUCCAGGUCCAACAAAUUCAAUAACACUACAAGAACUCUUGAAGAAAGAAACAAAAUCACAGAAGUGUUUAUCUCCUCCCAUAUUUGGAACUAGUGUUCCGGGAUCCGGAUUUAUGCUGGCUAGCAGAUCAAGGGGAAAUCUUUCAUCAUCAGCUCCUACUCAUCUUGGACUUGAACAAAUAUGGCAGCGUAGAGAACCUCGACAGCAUUUAUUGUCCACUGGAUCAUUAGCAGAAGCAGGAUCUACUUCCUCGCUUUCAACUGGAGGUGUUUUGAGUCCAGAAGCUUAUGAUUUUUCUUUGGAUGAAGCCAUUGAUGAUUCUGAUGAUGAUACAGAACAAGAAGAAGACUAUUCAUCUGAUAAUGACUCAGGGGACAGUGAUUGUGGUGGAACAUCUGCCAAAUCAUCUUCACACAAGGAUAGAUUUUUUUGGCAGUACAAUGUUCAGUCUAAGGGUCCUAAAGGUCAAAGAUUAGUUUUAAAAUGUAAGCUAGAGGAUCCACAUUGUUUAAAUGAGGUUACUGAUCCCGUAUUUAGUCCGAAUUGCUCAAUACAAGGAAUUAAACAUAGUGGUAAAGCAAGAAAGGGAGAUGGUAAUGAUUUAACACCAAAUCCUAAAAAAUUACAGUCAAUUGGCAGAGAAUUGGAUAAAUUGAACAGAAGUAUAACUGAAAUGACACCAGUCAGCGAGUUGCCAUUUAAUGUUCGACCAAAUACACGUAAAGAAAAGAACAAAUUAGCAUCCAGAGCAUGCCGAUUGAAGAAAAAAGCUCAACAUGAAGCGAACAAAAUAAAACUUUUUGGAUUAGAAACUGAACACAGACGUUUGAUUAAUGCUAUAGCUCAAGUGAAACAGAUGUUAGUUGCUAGAACAACAAGUGACUCAUUUCCAAAAGAAAGUCAAGAAUUGACAAAUGCCAGUGAGAAAAUUGCAAAAAAUGCUACCAGAUUAAAAGUAGCUGGGCAAACUACAGAAUUUGUGAAUAAAGUUCUGGAGAACCAAAUUAGGUGCACGGCGAGGUGGCUUGGAUGAGCUAUAGUUGCCAAAAAUCAAGUACCAUUAAACUAGUCUUUAUAUAAGUUAUUAAGUUAAGAUAUUUUUAAAGAUGAUCGCCAAUAAACUCUUAUUAUGAUUAAGUUGACCACCAAAGGAGUCAUUAAUGUUAUUAUUGCAACUGUUGUUUUUAUUUUUAAUACUAUUGAUAAAUGAUUAUACAUUUAUCAGUCAAUUAUAAAAUCCUACUACUUCCCAGAAAGUAUGUUAAUUUGUUCAAUAUUAACAGUAUCAUUACUGAUACUUAAAUUCUUAAUGACUUGAUUUAUCUUUAUAAAAUGUAACUGUUAUAUGUUUUGUCGAAAUAAUUUUGAUUUGUUAUUAUUAUUUUUAUUAUAUUUUUUGCCUCUUUUGAGCAUCAUAUGUUUUUACUACCAUGUAAAUAUGUUUGGUUAUCAUUACUUAUUAAUUAUUAUGUGUUUAUUAUUGUUAAGAAAAGGCAUACAAUUUAACUCUGCAUGAUUAUGUGUGUGUGUGUACAUUUGAUUGAGUAAAACCAUUUCAUUACAGUAUUGUUUAAUACAUAGUAUGCUAACUUACUAUUAAAUUAAUUGUAUUGUUCAUAAAUAUUUAGUACAUAUUUUGUACCAAGAUAAUCUCAAAAAAAAAAAAAAAAUGUAAAUAUUAAAUCAUAUAAACAUUAUAAAAAAAAGAACUCAAUUUAAUGUACAUUCAUGAUAUUUAAAUAAUUACAUUUUUAAAUAUUUUAUAUAAAUUAUGGUUAUAUUUUUAAAUUUGGAAGCUCAAUAAUUUUAGAUCAAUGUUGAUCAUUUUAUUAAUUAAUAGCGAGAAAUAAUUAUGAAAUCGUUAAAAAUUAUUGUAUAAUAUGAUUUGUUGCUUUUAUUAAAUUACCAUUUUUGGAAAAUAUAAGAAUGAGACAUUUUACUGAUGUCUGACAACACUUUUAAUGGGGUAUUAAAUAUAAAUAUAUUUUUUUUUAAAUUGACACAAUUUUGAAAAAUAUUAAAAAUAUCAUAAACAGUUAUUAAAAAAAAAAAAAAAUGGUUGAAAAAUACUAAAUGACUAUAUUUAACAAAGUUAUAAUAUUCAAUAUUGAGUUUAAUCAUGACUUACAAUUUUACCCAAUUAUUUUUAGAUUCUAAAUCUAUUAAUAUUAUUCACUUACUAUAAUAGUUACUUGUUCUCUAAAAAUAAAAAAUUCAAAAAAGUUAUUAUAAAGUUGAAUUAAUUGAAUAUUGUAUGACAAAUUUUAUAUUCUUUACACUGUAAUUUUCUCUGCUAUGAGUGAAUUGUUUAAAAAUCAAAACUAUAUUUUUUUACGUUUGAGAGAACUUAUUUAAUAUUAGUGAUAGUUUACCAUUGUUAAUUUUCAGCUUUAAAAGUAAAAUUAUAUAAAUGUCAAUUUUACAAUUUGAAAUUCCAUAAUUUAGUUUAAACUAGACUAAAAAAAAAAAAAUGAAUAUUAACUCAAGUAAUUUUUUAUUAAGAAACAAAUCUGAUAACAAUAAAAUGUUUAUUCUCUGAAAUGAUUCGUUUUAAAUCAAAAUAUAACUUAGUUAGUUAAAUGUUUAGUUGGAUAUCGACAUCAUAUAAGUAUAUUUCUUAAUUAAAAUAAUAUUUGGGAUUUAUUAAAAUAAUUUAAUAAUUUAUCAUUAUAAUGAUAACAUACUCUUAGUAUGAACUAUAUAAUAAUACUAAUUCAAUAUUGAUAAAUAUAAAAAUACAAACAAUUUUAGUGAUUUAUAAUUUAAUAGCGCUGGAUGUGUUUAUUUCUUUUCUAAUCUGCUUUAUAAUUAUUUAUAACAUAAGGUAUAAACAUUUAACAUAUAAAGCUAUUUAGGUUUUAAGUUUAAAUAAUUAAAUUCUUAAUUAACAAAUAUUUAUCUGUGAUCAUUUUACAUUUAAAGAUCACUGCUUUAGUAUUGUAUUUUUUUAAAUAUAUUAUUGCUCUUAAACUAUAAAAAAUCAUUUUAAAAUGUUAAUUUAGUUUUAUAUAAUUUAUACUGUAUUAUUAAGUAAAUAUUUUUAAUUCAAAAGGGUUAAGUUACUAAUAGAUUCUGUUGGAAAAAUCUAGUUACCUACUCAGAGAAAUGUGAUAAAAACACGGGUUUGCUCAUUUUAUUAAAUAUUAACAAUUAAAAAAAAAACCUUUUUUAUGAUAGUUAAAUUAAAUUUCUUUAAACCGGGCUUCGUAAUUAUGUUAAUAUUACUUAGCAUUGUAUUUAUAAACAUAUUAAGCUUCUUCCGAUUAAAUAAUGUACUUUCUUGUUGUAAUUUGAAAACAAACAUCAAAAUUAGUUAUUUUAUUGUACCAGAUUAUAGGUCUACUUUAUUUUUUUAAUAUUAUUUAAUUUUAAGGUACGUUAAACAUGUUUACUUUAUAUACUAAACUAUCUAAACUAUUGUUCUUUUCAAUUUUAUUUAUUUUAUUUAAAAUAUCUGGGAAUUUAUAUUACUAAACAGCUUUAUAAUAAAAACCAUCAAAACCAUAUUUGUAUUAUUGAAAGUUGUUUAUAAUUAAUGUAUAUUUGAAAAUCUGGUACUUGAGGUUGAUUAGUUAGUUUUAUUAUAGUUUUGUAAAAUUAAUUAUCUCAAAAGUGUCUUGCAGGUUUAAAAGCUCUUGUAAAAUUAAAGAUGCUCAUUAAAAAUAAGAAUAUUACAAUUUGUGAAAAUAUAGAUUUACAUUAAUAUGAAAUUUUGUGUCAUGUUUGUGUUCAGUAUGUGAUAAACCCAGUACCACUUUAAUUUUUUUAGCAGUUUUUUAAACUUCACAAAACAAUUUAUAUUCUUUAAACAAGAACUAUACAUUAUGUUAUAGUUAUGAUAAAUGUAUACAGUUCAUUGAGAUAAAUUAUUAAAUAUACUUACUAAAAUUGUGGUAAUGUUAUGUAGGUGUUAAUUUAAAAAUAAUAAUAUUAAAAUAUAUCUGUCAAAAGCUUACCUAUAAUAUGUGAUUAUUAUUUUGUAACAGUUUUAAUUUGUAUUGUGUUAAGUUUAUGUCAUGUAUUAUAUGCAAUGUACUGUUUUUUUUUUUUUUUUUUAUGUUAUAUGUUAAUACAAGAUUAAAACGCACUUUAAUACUUGCCAAUGUAAUUUUACAAUUUUAAGUGAGUAAUUGAAAAAUGCCGAAAAAUAUUACUAUUUUUGAUUUAAUAAUAACAAAAAAUAUUAUUUUUGU